AUGGAAGGAAAAGACAAGGAAGUCCUUCUCAUUGAAGAAAGAGACGGAACUGGCAGAAUCAUGUGCCAGUGGCUGCACAAUCCCGACUCUCAGAAAAUAGCCCAGCUUCGCGAGCCUCACAACACCAAGUCCAGCUCCGCUGUCACUUCAAGCUACGCCGCUGGCCUCUUCACCAACAUGAAUCAGAUACUCUUCGACGCUUUCCUGCCUAUCGGCUACCCAGACUCGGUUACCCCCGACUACAUAGGCUACCAGGCCUACGACUCCCUCCAGGCCUUCUUCUCCACCAUCACCGGCCUCCUCUCCAAUCGCGCCAUCCUCCAGGGCCUUGGAGUCGGCGACCCAAACUCCUCGGCCACAUACGCCCUCCUCCUGACCAUUCUCAAGGAUGGCAUCUCCCGCGUCGCCACCAUCGCCUUCGCCUACCGCUUUGGCCUGGUCAUUGAGCCCGAGUGCAAGAGAUACCGCUUUCUCGCUGAUAUCUUCAACGACAGCGCCUUCUUCCUCGACCUCUUCAGCCCCUACUUCGACCCUUGGACCAAGGUCGCCGCCAUUGUCCUGGCCGAGGCCUUGCGUGCCAUGUGCGGUGUCGCCGCCGGCGCCAGCAAGGCCGCCCUCUCUAAGCACUUUGCCCGUCGCAACAACCUUAGCGAGCUCAACGCGAAGGAGGCGUCCCAGGAGACGGCCAUCGGUCUCGUCGGCCUGCUCGUCGGGUCUAUCGUUGUGCGCUUCGUCGAGGGUAGGGAAGCCGUCUUCGUGCUCAUGGUAUUUCUCGUCUUCGUCCACCUCGCCAUGAAUUACUUCGGCGUCCGCUGCGUCCAACUCGACACGCUCAACCAGCAGCGCGCCACCAUCUUGUUCGACCACUACGCCCAGACGAAGCGCGUCCUGACACCCAAGCAGGUCGCCUGGCGCGAGAACAUUGUCUUUUGGUCGCCCGUCAUCAAGAAUCUUCGCGGAGAGAUCAUUGCCAAGAUUGCCUUUGCCAAGAGCUACGCUGAUGCCAUGACUGCCGACGUCAAGAGCGCCGGCAUCCGCUUCGUCACGCUCAAGGUUGACGUCCAGCCGCGGAAGGAGGAAAAGCUGGAGGCAGGCUUCGUGCUCUGUGUCUGCGAGAAGAACGGCUUCGCCACCGUCAAGAUCAUGCUGCUCGACGACCGCUCUAGCGAUAAGGUGAACAACGUCAACACCCUCAUGGCGUGGUACUAUGCCAUCCUAGUCGCGCGCGAUCGCCAGCUGGGCACGAAGACUGACACGAAUACCGGCACGCGCAAGCUAUUGGGUGCCAUUUCCGUGGACGAGAUUGAUGCUGACAACGAGGAUGUGAAGUUGGGCUUGGAGGCACUUCGGAAGGCUGGAUGGAACAUCGAUGACGCCAACUUGGACGCCUUUGCCCCGCGAAUCAGCAUGGGAUACGCGAACAAGAAGGAGCAGUAG